CGUAGAUAACACAGUACGAGUUGCAUGGCUUACACGCGCCCAGUUUUAUUCCGCGUCAAAGAUAUGCGUUAUACGUCUACGUUUAUGCGUUUUUCUGACCGCCAUUUUAAAGAAAAUCGUUCUUGAGUAAUUUUUUUUUUUUUUGCACCGGUGCGAAAAUUUACUAGUUGAAAAUUGUGCUCGAAUUAAUAAUAUGCUAGCGGAAUCGUUUUGAUCGCGCCGUCCGAUUGUGUUUGUCGAAUAGUAUAUUGAUAGAGUUGCGCGAGAAACACGUGUAAUUUGGCGUCAUUUCUCUUCGGUUCGGUGUAUUAUUUAAUGGCGGGAAUUCUCCUACGUUUUAUGUUGUAAAUAAACAUAGUCAUCGUAGUGUUAUAAACUGCUAAAUAGUUGGAAAUAUGAACGCGGAGCGUAAGAACGGUUCACCUAAUACCGAGCUGGAAGAGGGUAGUUCUAAAGAACCAAGAAGACGUAAAGGAAAAUGUAAAUGGUUUAAUGUAGUCAAAGGUUGGGGAUUCAUUACACCCGACGAUGGGGGUCAAGAAGUGUUUGUUCACCAGCAUGUUAUUCAUAUGGAAGGAUUCCGAUCGUUAGGCGAAAACGAAGAAGUCGAAUUCGAAUGUGAGGAAACACCGAAAGGGUUCGAAGCUACCAUAGUUACCGGCCCUACUGGUAAUUUUUGUAUUGGAAGUCAGAGAGCGAUGGGCAAGAAAAGAACAAGAAAAAUAAGAUGUUACAAUUGCGGCGAGUAUGGAAACCAUGUAGCUGCGAAAUGUAAAUUAGGUCCAAUGCCGAAACGAUGUCACCAUUGUAAAUCUGAAGACCAUUUAAUCGCAGAUUGUCCGCAUAGAUUCAACAAAAACAACGUCGUUAUCGCCGACGACGAAACUCGAGAAAAUUCUGAUAAAACUCUUGUCAGUGGCGUCGCUGGACUUUCUUUGUCAGAGGGUGGCGGCGACGUGAAAAGAGAAUCGAAUGCUUGAAAAUGAAAACUUACUGGUUUUCUGAACCACCCGGUGAACACUUAGGCUACUCCUACGCCCAUAGAGAAAUGUGGCUAUGUUGAAAUAAAGACGAAUUUUUGGGGGAAAUUGCGAAUAUUAUUAUUUUUUGAAAACGCCGAUUCGAAAGAUGAGAGUCGAUGUUUGGAAAUUAAUUUUGGAGUUUUGACAAAAAGUUGAUUUGAUUUUAGAAUGUUUUUUUCUUCAAAUUGUAUUACAAAAAAUUGCGAUUAUUUGACGUAUAAGUUGACUUCAGCGACUGGGUUACUUUUCUCUUGAAAUAGUUUUUGUGGCUGGAAAUUUAUUGAAAUUUAGACUGUUUCUGUGAGAAAAUUAUCAUAUAAAUUAUUUUUUUUUGAAGAAUAUUUUCAGAGUUACGAAUUUUUAUUUGUAUUUUUUGUUUAUUUUUUGUUGUUUUUCUUACUUUUUUUUAUUUAUUUAUUUGUUCAUUUUUUUACUAUUUCUUUUGAAUUUUCUGUCAUUCUCUUCAAUAUUUUAAAACUAUUUAUUUAUUGUGAUUUUUACCUGUGAAUUAUUAUAUUCUAUUUAUAAUUAUUCGUAUUUUAAGACGACUUUGUUAUAUCGUGGAGAUGCUCGUCCUAAUUUACACGCUUGCAGUGCAGGUUUCCGGAAAAUAUUCAAUGUUUGACGAAACAAUCGUUUGUUCCAAAGUGAUGUAUUUAAUACUUUUGCGCAGAAAGGUGGUCAAAAGCAUUAUACCAAUUUUCAGAAGUUCAGCUAUACAAUUUUUUUAACCAUUAUUAUUAUUAUUGUGUUGACUAUUAUUUUACUUAUUAUUUUAUUUAUUUAUUUUUUUUUAAAUACUUUUUUUUUCAACGGCGAAGAAAAUAUUUUCUAAAAGAGAGUUUCUAUUUGUGGCGAAAUAUCGUUUGAAAGGAGAUUUACAAAAAUUGAGCUAAAUUAUUUAUUCGGGAGAGUUUUUAUUUGAUCGUGUUAUUUAUGUAUAUCCUUGUUAUUAUUUAUUAAUAAAGGCCCAUUUCACUGUCGGAGUAUGAACAGCCUCAGUGUGAUGUAUAUAAUAUUAAAAUGUUAAAAUACGUACGUGUAUAAAAUGUGUAAAAUUGGAUCUGGUCAUAUAACUGAGCUGGUAUUAUAAUUAUGAUAAAAAAAAUUAGGAGUAAAAAAAAAAAACAUGGAAGAUUUUACAAAAUUUAUUCGUUGUAAAUGAUACCUCAUCGAGGAGUAUUUUUAUUAGGCAAAUCAAACUUUUUUCAAGUUGUGAAUUUGAUCAGUUCCUUACAACUAAUGUAAGUGCAUAGUUGUUGUCAAAAUCCAUGUGUGUACCUAUUUGUUAUUCAUUUAUGUGGUUUUCUUGCAGAUUUAAUUACCUGUAAUGUAUUUUAUUAUUUUGUGUUGAUUGAUAUAUAUAUAUAUUGGUAUAAUAAUCAGCUUACUAUGUUAAUUACUCUGCGAGCAAAAAUUGGCUGAUGAAAUUACAACUCAGGUUUUUUAUAUUUUAUUAAAAUAUAAUAAUUUGAUCUUGAAUUAAUCGAAUUUCGUGCGGAUGCACACCAUUUCUUUAUUAAUUUGUAUUGAUUUUACUUAGUCAAUUUUGCUUGUAAGCUGUUUAUUUUUUGAGAAAAUUUUUUGUGUUAAUGUUUUAAAAAAAUGUAUUCUAUUGUUUGUAUGAAUGUUUUUUGAAUCAACCGCUCGGUUAUAUAUGUAAUACCAUAAUUAUGAUUUAAGUUUCAAAGCUACAUCAACAAUAAAGACUGAGACAAUAGUACAAACUAGUUUUUAAUGGUUACAUUUGUAAGUUAAUGCCUGUUAUUUUAAUGUGUGAAAUGCAUACAAUAAUGCCAUUUUUAUAGAAAUAAUAAAGAUAACAUUUUAUGUG